GGCCUCCCCAACUCGAUGGCGCCCCGGGGGCAGAGCAUGCCGGGGCCGGGCCGCAGGGGCCGGGGAGGCGCGCCGAGAACCUACCGCCAGCGCCUGGGCCGGGCCCGGCGUGUCUCUGGCAUUCCGGGCUCCUGUGGGAGCUUGGGGUUGGCACAUCGCAGACCCGGGGCCAGCUGCCAGCCCCGAACCCCGGUGGGGGUGAAGAUGGAACCAGCAGAAGAAACCACAUUUUCUGAUGUCCAGAAGCAUGAAAAGAGUUUUUUUGCAGGUUAUACAGGAAAUAAAAGGCCAUGGCUGAAUGUUUGCUGUGAAUUUCCCUGCAAUGAAGUUUAUUUAGCUUGCCACUACAAGAAAAGGGACUGCAUUUUGACUGAAAGUGAAGGAGAAAGUGACAUCCUGGAAGGCCCUGAGCAAGAUGUACCGCUUCAGCUACCUGAAACCCACAGUCCAGGCUGGGUGACAGCCAGACUGCAACAGCAUCAGAGGGCAGCGUGCAAUAAACCUGCUCGCCAAGCAAGAGGCUCCAGGAAACUGACUCUCAUUGCUAAUAAGCAAACGCUACGCACAGAUGAAAAGCCCUACAAGUGUACUGAAUGUGGAAAAGGCUUCAAGGGGACCACUACUCUCCUGAACCACAUGAGAGUCCACACAGGAGAAAAAACAUUUGAAUGUUUAGAAUGUGGAAAGAGAUUUAACAGAAAAGCUGGCCUGGUAGUGCACAGGAGAAUCCAUACAGGAGAGAAGCCGUACAAGUGUGAGGAAUGUGAGAAGAGCUUUGGCUGUAGUUCAAAUCUUAUUGCUCACCGCAAAAUCCAUGCAAAAAAGAAAGCCUUUUCUUGUGAUACACACAGCCAAAGUGGAAGCACAGUGCUGUCUCAGCAUCAGAGAGCCCAUACGGAUGAGAAGCCCUGUGGGUGUGCUGAGUGUGGAAAUAGCAUCAGUCCAUAUUCAGGCUUCAUCAAACGUCAAGAAAUUCAUGUGACAGAGACCCCCAUUGAAAACACAGCAGGUGCAUACUGUUCUGUACUUACGUCUCAGCAUCAUAAAGAACAGCAAAGGAGCGGUGCAGAGAAACUUGAUAUGGAUCAACCAAAUCUUAUUUUUGAAGAGUUGAAGAAAAUGAGGGAAAAUAUGGACAUGCUUCUUCUGAAUCAGCAAAGUCAGCUGCAGGUCCUGCAACAAAUUCAGAAACAACUAAAUAUACUCCUGCCAGGCAAUGAUCUCAUUAAUUCAAAUGUUUAUAGUUUAGGACUGCUACUAGGACGGCAAGCUGCUGCAAUGGCAUCUCUUUCUUUUCCCCUUCUUAAUCCAAGCAGUCUCCUCCCUGAAAGUACCCACCGCUCAUCCCAGUCAUCUGCUCCUGAAAUCCUCCCUUCCAGUCAGCACCCAACCUCUCAAUUUCCUGCAGCUUCUACAACUUGAUCAGCUUUGUGUUAUGAAUGUGUCAAAUGUAAACAAAUGCAAAUACUGUUUUAUACUGUUUUCUCAUUCAACAUUACAACAUGGAGAACAUGUUUGAAAGUGUAGUACCUUUGCAGAUGCUGACCCUACAAUCAGAUUUUGAAGGAUGCAUCAACUAAUGGAAGGUGAUCAUUCAUUCAUUGCAGGAUGCGGAAGUGUUGGCCAGCAAUGUGUUUUGUCAGGGCAACUCAAGAGAUCUUUAUCACCAAGGUGCAGUUAAAUGGAACAUCCACAUAUAAGAUACUGCAUUAAAUUUAAGCAUUGGUUCCUAAAUGAUACAUCUUUAAUAUGUACUUUGGUCACUGGACCUCUCCUAAUGAGCUGAAGCUGAUGAUAAAAUAUUCAGGCAUGCUUUAAGAAAUUCCUAUUAAGUCUAAUUUAUAUAUGUGUGUUACUUAUACGCAUCUGUAAAGGGUUAAAUUCAACUGCAGCACUAUUCCCAGCAUAAUUUACAAAAACUUCUUUCAUUCAGGAAGGCUUUAAAUUUAGGUGACCUUAACUGAUUCUCAGGCCAGCAUUACUACUAAAAAUAGAUUUAUUUUCUUUAAAAACAAAACACCAUUCAGGUUUACCUUGCUUCCCAAGAUUUCAUGAGAAAAAGUCAACAAGAGUUAUAAAACACUUGUUCUUUUGUUCAAAGAUAAACUCAUCUUUAUAUAAAAGUCUGUUUACUCUGUGAUAUCCUAGUGGAUUAUUGCAUGCUGUUGUCUUAGUUCAUUGGGAGUAGGAAUAGGACUACGGGAAAUAGUUACUGCUUGGAGAGGAACACUGUGAAGCUCAGGUGCGCCAUCUUGUGAAAUCUGUGGGGAAAAAAUAUUGUCCCUACAGGAAUCUGAUAUGAGGCCUUUUAAGGUUAGUUAGAGCAGAGUUUUAAGAAUGGUUGGUCCUUUCUGCCUCCUUGUUCAUAUCUGUGACACAGUCUAGUAGCAGUGUCAGAGCUUUUGAGCUUCAAAAGUGCAGCAAAGUUAACUAUAAUAUACCUUUGAAGAACCACAUAUAUAAAGAAACUUUGGGGCGUGCGCCUGUACCAGUAUUUCUCUUGAAUUUGUGUUGAAUUUGUAAAUUUUAUUCACUUUUUAAGAUGCCUUGUUAAAAGGAUCCGUGUUAGUACUGGAUAAAAUAUGAUUUAGAUUUUAAGAAUGGGAAAUGCUACUACUCUUAACAAGUCAUCUUGUUGGUGAUGUAAAGUGCAGUGAAGUCAGAUUCUGGUGCAAAGAUAAAACCCUGUGGGAUCUGGUAUGACACUCUGUGUGUGUGUAAAGGCAGACUUCAAAAAUAACACACUAGUUCUUAUUGUAUAGGAUUUUGUAUUAGUCUUAAGUCAAUAGAAUCGAUUUAAGCUAAAUUGAGAGGCCUUAAAGGGCAUUACUUCAAAGUGAAGGAGAAGUGUGCUGAAAUGUUUGGGGUUUGUUUUCUAUCAGUUAAGCAUAUCAGAGUCAUGUGGCUCUGGACUUAAGAGCUACAAUAAGAGUUGCUAAAAAUCUAUGGAAACUCUGGGACACUGUUCAUAAUUUCUUGGAUGUUCGAUUUGCUUUUGUGUAGAAGCAGAAUCUCCUCUUCAAAGCAAUAGUUAAACUUCGUAUUUUGGUGUUUUUAAGAUGUUCAAUAUUAAAACAUUGCCUUUUUAAAGAAAUUUAAUCUCUUGAGAGCUUUUUUCCCCUCAUAAAAGAGCAACAGUGCUUAGACUGUGAUAUCUGAACUGGAGAUUAGUUACUCUAAUGUAUGGGCCUUUCCUGGCUCCUGAUUCUCCCUCUCUCUUCCCUUUUCCCUGCGUCUAGGUAUUUCCUAAUAUUUCUGUCCUUGGAAAGUUCUUCAGAAGAAAAGAUAACUAAGUCUGUCAUUUC